AUAUCUCACACUUGAUACCCCACUUUUUGGAAAAGUUCAGCACUAUACCCUCACAAUGGGAUCUUUUUACAUACUUGAUAAAUAAUGGUGUACAAUGGAAAUUUUAGAAAAACUUGAGAGUUCAAGUGUGAAGUAAUUUUUCCAAAAGCCAAUCAGAAUGGGCCACCUGUCCUUGGUUGUUAAAUACCCUAGAUCAAUACAGAGCAUCGUCUUCGUAUCACGCUCUUUUGCAAACGAACAACGAGACCAGUGUCACGAAUUCAAUUCUUCUUGCCUUCUUCAUCAAAGAAGAUCGGGAGUGUUUCGAUUCUAGCAUCUUCUUCAUCAAUCGGAAUGGAUCCCAAUUCUCCCUCACACCACCAUCAUGCAUCGAUGAGCAAUGAUGUUGAUGAUGUCAGUCAGCAACCAAGGGUCAAUCCAAUACAAUGGCCCACUGAUUUGACAUUCUCCCCGUCACAAAUGAAUGCCGCACAAGCAGCUGCCUUUGCAUCAUUCUUUCAGCAGCAAUUUAGUGCUCAACAACAUCCAUCGGUCAACCUAAUGCAAGCAAAUGCAACGGGACAGUUUCAAGGACCUUCUGAUUCUCGAAUGCCCUCCUCACAAACCGGAUCCCGAUCAACACAGGGGUCCAAUCGAAAAUCUCCUAAUUGGAAGGUGAAUGAGGAUGUCGCACUCUGUCAAGCAUGGGUCAGAAUUUCAGAAGACCCGAUUAUUGGAAAUGGACAAGCUCAUGAUGCGUUCUGGUUUAGCAUAUGGACUGAAUUCAAAUUGCGGACGCCAGGGACAGAACGUGUUCAAAGAGCGUGCGAGAAUAGAUGGGCUGUCAUUCAAGCAGAUGUUUCAAAGUGGAGGGCCAUCGUGAAGAGGGUUCAAAGAGUUAGGGCAAGUGGGACUAAUCCAAAUGACGAGUGGGGAGCUGCCUUAAUGGUCUUCAAAAAAGACCAUGGAAGAGAUUUCAAACUCAUACAUUGUUGGGAGAUACUUCGCACAUGCUCAAAAUGGCAUAUUUCUACCGAUGAGAAAGAGGCAAGGGAUGUUGGCCGGGGCGGCAAAGGUGGCAAUAAUCGAUCAAGGUUUUCGAACAGUUCUCAUGGAUUGCCAGUUCACAAUGUCUCUGCAUCAUCCUCACUGGGGCUCGAUGAUUAUCCCAAUUCUUACAGCCCUACAAUUGAUCCUACCCGUGAUCCCACACCAACAUCUGAAUCACCUGUUCACAUGGUCGGAAACAAUGAUAUGGUGCACAUCAGUCGUGAGCCAGCCAUCACUAGACCAUUAGGGCGAAAAGCAGCAAAGGAGAAACGUCGUCGCAGCAUAGGAAUUGGAUCUCAAGCGUCAUCCGCUGCAAGUGAAAAGCUCUCAGCCACUGUGAAUGCUUGGAGAGAAUCAUCAGAGAGUAGAUUAGAUUCACUUAAGCAAAUUAGUGAGGAGCAAGCAUUCCAUGCGACAAAGAUGGCUAAGUUGGAUGCUCUAGAGAAAGCUCUCAAGAUCACCACGCAGUUUGCGGAUGCUGAGAAGGGGUUGUUGUCCAUAGAUUCAGAUCUGAACAGAGAUGAAAUAAUAUCUAGGCAGCUGGCAAGGGUGAAAGAUCUUGACGAUUUAGACAAAGAGUUCAAAAGGAUUCGAGCAUUAGAGUACUCGCCGAAAAGUGCUACAAGAUUGCGUGAAGGGAUGGAAGGGACGAAUUUGGAUCCAGUAAAUCUUUACAACCGAUUCAAUGCAUCAGAUCCACCAGAUGUCGAAUGGAUUUAUUUGAAUGGAAUACUUCAUACUGUGAAGUAUGAACUUGCAUUUGAUAAUUCUGGGAAUGUAUAAUAAUGUGUACUUGCAUUAUCUUUCUUAAGAUUGUUGGAUUAUGAGUGUGGAGGAUUAUGAGUUUGUUGAAUUAUUAGUUUACUGCAUUACCUUGAAUAAUACUAUUUAUGAGUUUACUGCA